AUGACUACAACCCCGUGUACGGAUGUACACCGAAAAUAUUGUUCGUGUUAUCCGGAACAAGGACGGACGAGAAUUGCUGCAAUGAUACCACUAGAAACACAAUAUAGCAAGGGAGUGAUAACAGCUUACUGGGCGCACAGACGUAAUUUGUUACCCAGACUUGUAUCGACAAACUACACUUAUCCAGAGGUAUACGAUCCCGGUGCUGCCAGUUUGACUGCAACUAUUAAUGGUGGGGCUGGAGGAGCACAGUCGAGACUGUGUUCAUUUGAUAUGACUCUGUACAGAUCACAGAUCCUGAAAGUGUGUUGUCACAGCGACCUUAUGCCCUGCUAUGUUAAGAUUGAAAUCAAUGGUCAGGAGAUUGCUAGGGAUGUGUCGCCGUGCUACUCCUACUCCUCAAAUACGGAUAUUACAGGAGUCGUGACAGUAUCAUACUCUGUCUGUGUAAAUACUGAAUAUGACAGCAGUAACAAAUGUUCGCUACCAGACGUUAUAACUACAACCACGACUACAAGCACUACCACAACUGUGACUUCUCCAACCAUUACAACUGACGAAUUAACUACAGGCAUAAAUGGACCAACAGGAACAGAUGGGGAUGAGAUGACUACGGACGACACGGCUCUGACCACUGGAUUGCCGAAAGAGGCGACCACCAGCAGUCUUGGGAUCUUGUUCUGGAUUUUUGUAGCGAUUGCCGUCCUGGCAGUCAUUUUAGCUACACUUGCAUACUGCAUGUUAACCAGAAAAA